AUACUGGCAGAGCAGUUAGGUUACUGUGGCAACCGUUUAUGACUCCAUGUUGUCUUGUUUGCACUGCUAUAUUCAGUCUCUAUAAUGGCUAGAACCACAUUUUAAGUUGAAAAGAAAUUUGGUGGGCAGCAUCUGAAAAAGAAAAAAAAAAGUUCGCAUAAACAAAGCUUCUGAGCAUUUCAACCUUAAUGCCCCGCUCGCCCCAGGCAGGGGUCUGGGGGUUAUUUGGUGGAUUGAUUUAGAUGAGUUUGCACACUCAGAGCACAGAGGCCUUCUUUGAAUCAGUACUAUAAGGAAUGUUUGUGAAGUUAUUGCUAUCGUUGAAGAAUAAAACCUGCUUGAAAACAAAACUGCUCUGCUGCAAUAUGUUCAACGUUCUGUGUUCUAAAUGGUCUGGGUGGUAGAAUUAAAGCUGCAGUCACAAUGCAGUGGUCAUUAAAAUAUUCCACAAAUAGAUGAGUCUUAAGUCUGUGUUUGAAGACUGCAAGGGACUCUGCUGUCCGUACUGCCAGCGGAAGUUCGUUCCACCAUCUGGGAGCCAGGAUGGAGAAUAGUCUCUAUGCUCGUCUUCCCAGGCUGGAGAGAAGAGAAUGUCGUGGUUUAAUGUGUCAAAGGAUGCCAAAAUGGCCAGAAAAAUCAAGACCGGUGACAGUUUGGCAGCUUUAGCAGCAUGACGUUUCUCUGCUAUGAGGGCUGAUUCUGUAGAAUUUGCAGAUGUUACUUCCAGUAAGAAGUUAGAAAGGAAAACUGGUAUGAGUUGAGGUCUGAAUCUAGGUGAGGUUCCCUCCACUGCCUCUCUGUUUCUGUUAGCCAGGGGGUUAGGUGGGGAGGACUUAGCAGGUCUAGAAUAGAUAGGGCACAGAAGAUUAAUCGAUGAGGAGAACAUAGAAAGGACAGUAUUAGUGACCGUGUCCAGAGAGAGAGAAGAAAGAGGGUGAGGGACGGUGGACAAAACGGAAGGGACGAAGGAGUGAUGAAGUGCAGAUUGCGACAGAAGGAGGAAGAACAUGUUGGGGAGGUAUAGAUGGAAAGAGAAUGUGAUGGUCUGAGAGGUGGAAGGGGGUGACCAUGAUGUCCGAUGUUGUGGUGGUCCGAGUGAAAAUCAGGUCCAGAAUGUUGCCCACUCUGAGUCGGAGGACACUGGUUGAGGACAAGGUCAAAUGACAUCAACAGUGGAAGGAUGCAGGAGGAAUGUAGCUCGUCUGAUGGAAGUUUUUAAGUCACCAAGGAAAAUGAGUGGGUUUCCUUCAAUGAGGAAUUGACUCAGGAGGGCGUCAGGCUCAUCAAUGAAGUUAUCUAGGGAACCUGGAGGGCGGUAGAUGACAAUGAUGUUAAGUUUGCGGGAAAAGACAGUGUAAUAGCGUGAAAUUCAAAAGAAGAGAUUGAAAGAGUAGAGGAAAGGAAAGUGGAGCGAAACGCCACUUUUGAGACGAUGGUAAUCCAGUGCCGCCACCUGCUGAGAUACCUUGGAGAAUGUGUGAAUGAAGAGGCAGAGGACAGGGCAGCCGAGUUCCCAGGGGUGAUCCAUGUUUCUGAUGGAGCCAGGAAGUGGAGGGAGGCUAGUACUGAGAUGAAGUGAGCCUUCUGGACAGAAGAUUGGCAAUUCCAGAGCCCUCCUGCCAACACGGUCUGUGCACUAUUAGAGAUUCACAAUUGUGUUUAUUGUUAUUUGUAUUCCGAGUACAUUUGUUCAGUAUUGCACGAUACGCCUGUUAUAUGGCAAGAACAUAAAGUGGACUUUCAUGUCUAGUUAAAAUGCAGGCCUGUGAAGGAGUGAGAUGGGAAAUGGCCCACAGAACCAAUCAGCACAGAGGGCCAGAUGUGACACGAUUGGAGACUGCCCAGCCCUACACCCAAUCAGCACGGAGGGCCAGAUGUGACACGAUUGGAGACUGCCCAGCCCUACACCCAAUCAGCACGGAGGGCCAGAUGUGCACCUCUGUAAAUCACAACACCUCAUGUUUCAGGGUGAACUUCAGGGUGAAGCUUUGAAGACCUGUUCCUGGAUUAAGCCUUUGGUUCCAUCUUCUCACUUCAAACUCAGCUGAACCAAUACAAGACAAGAGCUGGCAUACUGCAUGCCACAAUCUGGCAUACGUGCACGGUCGGUUUCUGUGAUUCCCAGAUAAUCAAUCAGGAAUACUGUAUGUAAAUAUAAAGCUUUUUCCCUCAUUUUCCUCUGCAGUGUUGGUAUGGUGUUUUAGUCUUCAUGCUGUGAUAUUACUGAACAAGGGACAGUUCUGGCAUUUCCUGUUGAACUAGUCCUACUCUCUUUUUCCCUCCCAAAUCUUUUCAAUUCAAAAAUGUACAUAAUUUUGAAAUUUUAGCUUGGUCGUUAUAUUGGAGAACCAAUCAACAAGUGUACACUGGUGUUCUGUUUUUCUUUAUUCAAUGAACAAUAUUCUUUUAUACAAUUUCUGUAUAGUUAAACUUUGUUAGUACUAUACUAAUGUGUCUGAAUCUCUUACCUCAGAAUUUCUAUGAAGUUCUAGGAAAAACCUGGGUGAUCAGAAUUUCUUUUAGACAUUGAGAAAGCUGUUACUAUUUCUAUGGUUACUAUUUCUCAGUGAUACCAUCAUUGAUAUAAUGGCAAAGUCACUUGUCAUUGAUAAAUAGAAGAUCUUAUUACAGCAACGCUAUUCUAACCUGACAAAAAGCCAGUUAUCACUUUACAUAUCUGUUGGCUGAGCUUAUGAAAUGACCCUGCCCCUAAGAACUGUGACCAGAAUUAGCCAAUACUCAUGUAAAGUUUACAAAAAUUCUGUUCAGUUUUGGUAUUAGUUCUAAGUUUCAAUUCCUGCACAAGUACUGUUCAGUUUCGGUUGUAGCUCUAAGUUUCGAUUUUUGCACAAUGACUGUUGCAGUGGGCGGAGGGAGAGUCCAGGGUAUAAUAACGGAGUGACGCGACUCAGAGUAGUCCGUUGCAGAACUGUACUUCUUUGAACCAUACAAUAAAAUGGCAAAUCCUGAUCAUGACCAGGUGGAUUUCAAGGUGACGCGAAAUUCACGUUUCAUCACUGAAAUCUCAGUCGAGGGCCGGCACCUGAGCAUAGAUGACCUGAAAUUGGAAUUUCAGAAAGAUUGUACAAUAUGGAAUAAGCUAUGUGAGCUGGGCAGUACGAAUCAGGGGUCAAAAAUCUACAGCGAGAAACCAAGGAUGCUAGAUUACUUGAGUAAAACCAUUCAAAGCUAUCCGAAGCCAGUUGAAUUCCAUGUUGCAAAUGUAGCACAUGUCACUGAGAAAAAUGCAUUACUUGAGAUAUGGAAGUCAGAGAAAUUCAGGCCAAAUAACACCGAAUUCUCAUGGUGGGAUUUGAAAAUUACUGACGAGGAAAUUAAUUCUGCAGAAAAACGCUACUUAGAGACGAAUAAAGCAACAAGCUCAUAUGAAAGCCAGGAACCGUUUCUGAAAAAGUUCACCACAUCACCACUGUUCCAAACUCACGAAUCCCGCUAUGGCAAUUAUCGCUUUACGUUUCCACUGGCCGAGCUGCUGGAACGGUACAAAGAGCAGAACUGCGGAGGAAAGGAGCCAGUACUCAGAGUGUUUAAGACCAUCGCCUAUAAACAGGAGAUUGUGUACGCUGUGCUGAUUCACAGCCCUGAGUAUAACGAACAUUUUGGAGCGUUCCCAGCUCUUGAAGAUAGUAAAUUUGUUGGUUACCGUGAUGGGAAAAUUAUCUGGAAAGCACAAGCUAUUUCAGAAACUCACAGGUAUCAGUUUUUAUCAGGGGAGCUCGAAUAUCUACCGUCCCAUGUGUUCUACGUAUGGGAUCAGGUUAGUGUAGUCUUUCACCUGCCAGUACAGGCUUCAGCUCACAUUAAGGUCACAAAAAAAAGACUCAUAAAUGCCCUUGAAAUUUGUACAAUUGCCAAAAUACAUCUAACAAGGAAUGAAACUAAGGCAGAGCCGGAGGCAUUGUUGAAAUGUUUGAAAAAGGAGGUAGAAGACAUGGAGGAAGUUGUGAGUGGUUCAGAAAAAGAACUGAAAGAGGAGAGUGAGACUAAACUCAUCUGACAUCAUCGCUGUGGCAACUACACCCGUUCUCCCACUUGGGUCCUGCAAGCUGCAAUCAUGUGCCUUGACCAGCGAAUCACUAGCUGUUUUAUUUUACCGUCACAAACGGCUAGUAAAUAUAUUUAGUGUUUAUUUUAAGUUAAAACGCCAGCAGCAGUAAGACUGAUGCCAAGGUAGGUCGAGCUGCUUAGCAUUAAAAGGAGCACAAAUGUGUGACCAAUGGAAAUAAAUGCAUGUUACUUAUAAAAUAUGCAAAUGUGCAAAAACCAUAUUCAGAUGUGGAUUUAUUGAAUUCAAAAUAUUAAUUCAUCAGGAUUCAAGUAUUUCUCUCACGUAUUAAUGAAUUAUUGAAUACAAUAACUCAGCCUAUGGUAGACUUUGGUGAAAAGGUUACAAAUCUAUGGCAGUAGCAGAACACACCCAUUAGAUUAUAUUUAUUACAAGUGCACAAAGGAUAUAGUCUGUGUUUAUAAUCAGGUGUCAGUGCAGUUUGUCUACAGCUAAUGCUUGAACUCUUACAACUAUUUUUAUGUUUUACUAUUUCUUUUGCAGCUGACUUGAUUUGGUGGUAGUUUUUAUAUGAAUUAUUUUUUUUUUCUAUUAUUUUAACACUGAAUUCCUGGACAUUGUGAGAUCUAUAACACUAUACAAUUUAUUGAAACAAUUCUAUGUAAUUGUAUAAUCAUUCCUAGUUUGUGUCAAUUUUGCAUUAAGAUGUUUCAUGUUAUACUUUAAUUAUAACUGGACUGGGUGAUAUUUGAAAUAUUUGUAUAAUUCAAGUAUGGAAUAAUAAGGUAUAUUGUGUAAAAGCAAAUAUUUCUAUGUAAAAUGAAUCGAGCUUACCGCAUACAAACAAUAAACUCUGACC